GGGCCGGGGCGGGGUCGGCCCGGCGCUCCCCGCCCGCAGGUGCGGCCCGCCCAAGGCGCGGCCCGCGCAGGUAAAGCCGGAGCGGCCCCGCCGCCGCCGCCGCAGUCCCGCCGCGAUGUUCGGGGCGCAGCAGCAGCCGCAGCCGCCCGCGCUGCCCCUCCAGCAGCAGCAGCAGCACUACUACCGGCGGCAGCAGCACUACAGCCCCCUGCCCGCCCGCCGGCCCUGCCCCGAGCCGCCGCCCUGCCCCGAGCCCCCGCCGUGCCCGGAGCCGCCGCGGCCGCUGCCCUGCCUGGACCCCGCUCCGCACCAGCUCCAGGACGGCGCCGUGGCCUACGACCGGGUGCGCACCUACGGGCCGGGCUGCCGCCGGGUCAGCACCUCCUGCUCCUCGCGGGCCGCCUCGCCGCUGGACUGCGGGCACGGCUGCGACCCGCCUCAGGGCACCAUCCGCAGGAUCAUUAUCGAGAACCCGGAUCAGGAGCCGUUAUCCCCUUUUCUUAGAGGGGCCAGUUUCUCUCCUGGAAAUAAUGUUAUCUAUGAAAAAACAAUAAGAAAAUAUGAGCUAUUAAAUCCCCUCCAGGAGCGGCAGUUCCCGGUGUGCCCGGCCGAGCCGUGCCAGCCGUGCCCGCCGCUCGCGGUCACCCAGCAGUGCCAGCAGACACAGACGGGCAGUCCCUGCGAGCUGUGCCCGGGCCCGGGGAGUGACGAGUGCCGGGCACAGCCUGUGAGGAGGGGCACGGCCCCCCCCGAGCUGGUGAGCUGCCCCCAGGACAGCCCCGAGCAGCUGGACUGUCGCUUCUUUGGGGAGCUGCUGGCCGAGCUGCACCGCAAGAGCAAUGACCUGUACAGCUGCUUGCUGCAGCACGUGGAGAAGAUUGGGACAAGGAACCACGACAUUGAAUUCACGUGCCAGACUGAAGAUAUUGAAGAAUUAAUUCCCAAAGGACUGUCUGAGGCAACAAAGCAGCAGAUUCGUUAUCUCCUCCAGAUGAGAGCGACAUCGGACAAAUCCCUGAGACUUGUGCUUUCCACCUUCAAGAACCUGCGGGAGGAGCUCUGCCAUUUGCAGGAUGACCUGGGGAAGCUGGAAACUGACAAUAUCUUGCUGAAGAAGGAUUUGGCUUUUAAGGAUUCCCAAGUGAAAGAAUAUGAAACAAUGCUGGCUUCUCUGAGGGAGAACAAUCGUCAGCAGCAGCAAGGGCUCAGGGACAGCACUGCCAAAUGCCGCUCCCUGGAGGAACAGCUCCUGUCCCUGCGGCUCAGCGAGGGUGACAAGGAGUGCCAGCUGAAGGAGCUGGAGUACGGCAAGAGGGCCCUGGAGCAGGAGAUCCAGAGCCUCAAGCUGCAGAGCUGCUCCAGCCCCACCCUGCAGACCACGACAGACGAGCUCUCCAGCUGCUACGUGGAGAUGAUCAACAACCUGAGGGAGGACAAGGACAGGGAGAUCCGCAGCCUCAGGUCCCAGCUGUGCCAGUUCCAGCAGGACAUAACCAGGAGAGAGGGGAGCAACAGUGACUUGCAAAUGAGGCUGCACGAGCUGACAUCGCUGCUGGAGGAUAAAGAGGCUUUUAUUAAACAACAGCAAGAGGAGCUCUUCAGACUGAAGCACGAGAAGUUAUCGGGCAGUCAGUCCCCCGGGGUGACAGCCAUCAUCACUAAAAAGUAUAGGAAUCAGUAUCCUAUUCUGGGUCUCCUAUCUGAUGACUACAAGGUCACAUCACCUGUCAAUAAAUCACAAACGAUUGUAAUUGAGAGGACUGGAGAGAUCUGGAAACAUGAAUGAGAGAAUCCUCUGAGCCCUCAGAGCUGCUCCAAGGAGUUCACAAACCACUAAAACUGCUUUACUUUCUGCUCUUCUGCAUCCAAGAAAAGGUUCAGUCUGAUAGUGAGGAAGGCUGGGAAAACAUUAAGGACUCACUUUUCCCUGGGAAGAGUGGGAUGCUAUCCCUCUGUGGACCUCAGCUGGUCUUGACUAGCUCCUGUUCUUCAGCCAGUCCUGAGGCAAUCUAGGAGACAAAAGGAAGACACCUGAAACCUUUUCCUCUUCAUCCUUCUAGCCAUGUUCUGUCUCUUCAUGCUGAGAGUGGGAAUGACCCUGAUGUCAGCCCCACCCCUCCCACAGCUGCUUUCAGUGCAGAGUCACAGGCUGCAUGGGAACUUCAGAAAUACCUCACUGGGAACUGCUCCUUACCUUACACCUGCCUCUGUCUGGGAAGCUCGGACACCAAGGACAAAACUUCCAUCAAACCCAGCUUCUGACCUGGCAAAAGCCAGCAGGACCCAGUUCAGGGAAGGGCUGGGCCAAGGCUCAUUCUAGAGAAUGCUUCUGACCUCAGAGGUGAUAUAUUUUCAGCCCCAAACCAGCUGUAUUUAUUUGCUGUGCUUCAAAUUUUCAAGAACUUGGUAUAUUUUUAUAUAGAAGAACUUUGUGUGAAAAAAACUCGUGGACUAAAUUUCCUUAUCAGACCAACCUGCCAUUUACAAUUUCCACUCUUAGAAGGACCACAGAAAUUCUUUCAAACCGAUUUGGUGUUCAUGAUUCAGUAGCUGUCUGAGCAACACAGCACAGAGACUCACAGGGAAAGUUUGCAAUGCUGCAAUCCAAAGGUGCUCUUUUGUCGUGGGGUUCUUGCUUUGCUUUCCUGCUGCAGCCAUGUAUUUCUGUUCCCAGAUCCUAUAGACCCUAGGCCGUGUUUAAUGGGGAAAGAAUGCUGGAGGCUACCUGUAACAUGAAAUAAACCCAAGUCUAACUCUC